GACCGAAACAAUCAUCAUUCUCCCCCUCCACAAACACCCAAUUCCAUCGAUGAGAAAUCAUACAGCAAGAUACUACCGUUCCUAGCGUCGCUCCGUCAUCUUUAAAUUUCAUUUUCGACUGCAUUCUCUCCACGGCGUUCCUUUCAAUAGAUUGUAUUCGUGAGUGCCAUUACUCAACGUCGUUCCAGCGCAUCUUUAUAACAACGCACCGUAAUCACCUCGCCGAGCAUUCGGCAUAUCUUCAAACUGUUCGCCCACGCUUUCCGACGUGCCAACUUCACUCCUCUUCGUUCUAGCAUCAGCAUUCCAUUCGUGGCCGCUGGAGCACUGUUCCGUCCUGGCAACAACAGCGCAGCGCCUUUAAUCUCUACGACAAACCUCCCACCGGUUGGGACGGUCUCGACGAACAGCGCCCUAAGCAGCAGCGCUCUCAACCGCGCUCAAAGUCGCGGCAUGCAUUCCAAGGUGGUCAUCAUCGGCUCCGGCCCGGCAGGCCACACCGCUGCCAUCUAUGCCGCCCGUGCAGAUCUCUCGCCAAAGCUAUACGAAGGUUUCCUCGCACUCGGUAUCGCAGCCGGUGGGCAAUUGACCACCACGGACGAGGUGGAAAACUUUCCGGGUUUUGCUAUGAUCAAGGGUACCACGUUGAUGGAUCAGAUGCGCGCACAGUCAGAGGGCUGCGGCACCGAGAUCAUCUCGCAAACCGUGGGCAAGGUCGACCUAUCAUCGCGGCCAUUCAAGUUUUGGUUGAAUCCCAUGGGCGACGAUGAUACGCUGGAGGAAGAGACGCAUACCGCAGACAGCUUGAUCAUCGCAACUGGCGCAAAGGCCAGGCGUCUGGGCCUGCCUGGAGAAGAGCAGUACUGGGGAAAUGGUAUCUCGGCAUGUGCGGUGUGUGAUGGAUCGCUACCGAUCUUCCGGGAGAAGCCAUUGGUCGUGAUUGGUGGUGGAGACAGUGCCGUCGAAGAAGCGCUCUAUUUGACCAAGAAGGCGAGCAAGGUGACCGUGCUGGUCCGCCGAGAUGUCUUGCGCGCCAGCAAGGCCAAUGCACGUCGCCUGUCGACACACCCUAAAGUCGAAAUUCGGUACAACACACAGGGUGUUGAGAUCAAGGGCGAGCCAGCUCCUCGGGGGUUGAUGACCAGCCUUGUCAUCAAAAACAGCGCGGACGGAAAGACAGAGGAGAUACCUGCGAAUGGUCUUUUCUACGCUGUCGGCCACGACCCGGCCACCUCGCUCUUCAAGGACCAGCUCAAAAUGGACGAAGAUGGCUACAUUGUUACAACGCCCGGAACCACCGAGACCAGUGUGCCAGGAGUGUUUGCGGCCGGUGAUGUCCAGGAUAAGAAAUACAGACAAGCAGUCACCUCAGCAGGAUCGGGAUGUAUGGCUGCUUUGGAGGCCGAGAAAUGGCUAGCAGAGAAUGAUCUGGCUGAGGGUGGACCAGAGGGUGACAGUGAUGUCCGGAAGGGCAAGGAAGACGCGAAAGGCGACGCACCCGAGUAUCGAUCAAAUCCUCUUCUAUAG